AUGUACUUUUCAAGUCCUGGAGGGGAUUUGGGAGCUAAGAAGAAGAAAAAGAAACAGAAAAGAAAAAAGGAGAAACCAAACUCCGGCGGCACCAAAUCAGAUUCUGCUUCUGACUCCCAGGAGAUUAAAAUUCAACAGCCUUCAAAAAAUCCAGCCAUUCCCAUGCAGAAGCUACAAGAUAUUCAGAGAGCUAUGGAGCUACUCUCUGCCUGCCAGGGCCCAGCAAAGAACAUUGAUGAAGCGACCAAACCCUAUCAAAUGUCCUGGUCCUACAAACAGACAUAUGAAGUUAUAACUUCUCAUGGUGCAAUUGAGCCAGAUAAGGACAAUGUCCGUCUUGAGCCAUACUCUUUGCCACAGGGUUUUAUGUGGGAUACUUUGGACCUGAGCAAUGCAGAAGUGCUAAAGGAACUGUACACAUUGUUAAAUGAAAAUUAUGUAGAAGAUGAUGAUAACAUGUUUAGGUUUGAUUAUUCGCCUGAGUUUCUCUUGUGGGCACUACGUCCUCCAGGCUGGUUACCACAGUGGCACUGUGGGGUUAGGGUGUCUUCAAACAAAAAAUUAGUAGGAUUCAUAAGUGCUAUCCCUGCCAACAUCCGGAUUUAUGACAGUAUGAAGAAAAUGGUGGAAAUCAAUUUUCUUUGUGUCCAUAAGAAAUUGAGAUCUAAACGAGUAGCACCUGUCCUGAUUCGGGAAAUAACCAGAAGAGUAAAUCUGGAAGGGAUUUUUCAGGCAGUUUACACUGCAGGAGUGGUACUCCCCAAGCCAGUUGCCACUUGCAGGUACUGGCAUCGAUCACUGAACCCCAGAAAAUUGGUAGAGGUGAAAUUUUCACAUUUGAGUAGGAAUAUGACUUUACAAAGAACAAUGAAGCUCUACAGACUUCCCGAUGCCACAAAGACUUCAGGUUUGAGACCAAUGGAAAAAAAAGAUACUAAAACAGUGCAAGAAUUAAUCAACAAUUACUUGAAGCAGUUUAAUCUUGCUCCUGUAAUGGAUGAAGAAGAGGUAGCUCACUGGUUCCUGCCUCGGGAUCAUAUUAUUGACACCUUUGUAGUAGAGAAUCCAAAUGGCAUUUUAACAGAUUUCCUGAGUUUCUACACAUUACCUUCAACAGUUAUGCACCAUCCUGUUCAUAAAAGCCUCAAAGCUGCCUAUUCCUUCUAUAAUAUUCAUACAGAGACCCCUCUCCUGGACCUGAUGAAUGAUGCACUCAUUAUAGCUAAAUUGAAAGGAUUUGACGUGUUCAAUGCACUAGACUUGAUGGAAAACAAAACAUUCCUGGAAAAACUCAAGUUUGGGAUUGGAGAUGGUAACUUGCAGUAUUAUCUGUACAACUGGAGAUGUCCUGGGAUGGAAUCUGAAAAGGUUGGUCUUGUAUUACAAUGAGGACACUUGUGUUUAUAGAACUCUGAAGUCGUCAUUUGAGUUGAUUUAAUCUCCAUAGCAGUUCUUGGAAUGGUGUUGUUCAAGAGGAGUAAAAGCACAACAUCAGUAAAAUUGAAAUAGUCCAUUAAAUCUGAAAUAAAGAAGACCAUAUGUGACCAGUUUUACACAUUUUCAGAUAGAAUGGAAAGUUCAUGAAACUCUUAUUGUCCAUGAAAAGAAUAAAAGCACAUUCAUUUAAUUUUCAAAGCUUAGCUUGCACCUUGAUAAAAAGAAGGUAUUUUUUCCACUCUGUAGAAAAGACUGUUUUGUACAAACUGAGCUACAGUGGUGGAUUAGGGUACAAAAAUCUUUGCUAUUAUGUGGAUGAACUGCUGCAUUUCUAUUUAUUAAGUGGUGGUGUAUGUUUGUCAGUGUUACAGAAUGAAGGAUCCAAACUUGAGUAUCUUUGCUUAUUCACUUUACAUGGAUUUCAUCGUUUGGGGGGAAAAUUAUGGAGUAUGACAUUUGUAGCUAUUAUGAAAGUCCUGGAUGUUUUUGUAACUGGAGCAGUAUGAAAAUGUACUGGUUUGACCUGGUGCAUUUGUUUCUCCAUAAGCAACGCUGCCAAAACAAUAAAAAUACAGAUUUGUACUUUGA